AUGGAAAAGGAAGGUUGGAUGCUAGUCAAGCGGCAUGCCUUUGGCGCCCGCAGUGACCCUCAUAAUGCAUUGUGUUGGGUUGACGAAGGAACCCUGAUGUAUCCUGUGGGAAAGACGGUCGCGCUCCACCAACUCUCUACAAAUAACCAGCGUUUUUUAGAUUCAUCGUAUUGUAAUGUGCUCGGUAUUACAUCUAUCGCGAUCAGCGAAAACAAGAAGUUUGUUGCUAUCGCUGAAGGAGGUGAAAAUCCGCAAGUGCAAGUGAUCGACACGAUGACGCGUAAGCGGCGCAAGUUGCUUAGCAUUUCUCCUAGUGAGCUUGGGAGUGACCGGUUCAUCGCGAUGGCGUUCAGUACGGAUGGUAGGCACCUUGUGACGCAGGGUGGAGGACCUAGCUGGAACUUGUACUACUGGAACUGGGAGCGCUCGAAACCUCUGGCAAUGAUUUCACUCAGUUCCAUGGCGGAUUUCACGAAGCUGACCCAGAAGCACAAAGGGAGAGGCGGCCCAGGUUUGACUGGAGAUUCUAAAUCAGGCGCCGCAACGUCGAAGUCUUCCCCCCCUUCUCGUCCCCUUGUAACGCAUGUUUCGAUUUGCCCCAGUGACGCUGUUACAAUUGCCGUGUCUGGCAUGAAUUUCAUUUGUCUUUAUCGCUAUACUGAUGGAUUUCUUCAGCCUCAGCCCGGGUGUGGGGUUCCUUCCGAGUCCGAAAAAAUCUUUGUGACUCACUGUUGGGUAGACAAGGAACGCCUCGUCGCAUCAACGCAUCAGGGUGAGUUGCUGCUGAUCGAGCGCGGGCACUAUGUCGAGGAAAUCCAUGUUCCAAAUGUUUCUGUUGCACCUGGUGCCGCUUCUGCGUACGGCCGCAGUAGUGCCCAUUUACCAGCAAUCACUGCGAUAUGUCCCACACAGGCUGGUUUCGUUACGGGAAAUAACCAAGGCAUGCUAUGCACGUAUCAUCGUAACCGCCAAGAGGAUGCGGAGGGUGAGGGAUUAAUCACCUUUGGAUACUCAUCCUCUCCAUCCUAUUCAUUUUAUAGCAUGGUGUGUAUCCCAUCACGAGACCCUUGUGAGCUUGCUAUAGCUGCUAACACUGACAAGGGUGUUGAUCUUGGGUUCCCAAAGGAUGGUACCAUGAGGCAGACUUUGUCUAAGACACACUACGAGAACGGUGAUGGCACCGGCAACCGCAUCGGUGGAAAAAUUUCACAUUCAAACUCGUGUAACAAUUCCAAUCACAUCAGUGUUGACGAAAAAUCCUUACACGAAGUUGAUACUCCUUUGCCUGUUCCUCAUUUUAGCUUAGUCACUGAGAAUUCUACAGGGGCGCUGCCACCCAUUGCCAAGGCCAAUUCGCGGUCCAAAGCGCAGCACUCCAGUCCUUAUCUUUCAUCUGGGGGGGGAAGCAAUAUGAGUAUGGCCGACACAGUAUAUCAUUCCGGAACCAAGGAGGCAGGGGGUGUUGAAACGGACGCGGCAGGACUCGUUAACACAAACAGCACGCUUGUUGUGACGACACGGCCCUUCAUGCCAACUUUUCCAGUACUUAGUAGGCCUGGUACGGGAGGUGUGGUGACCGCUUCAGCAGUAGAUUGCUGUGAAAUUGCUGCCUUGGCGUUGAACCAGUCUGGGACCCGCCUGGCCGUCCUGACCCGUGUCGGACGAGUGUACGGAACCGACUUCCGCGUGGAUUGGAGUAAACUACCCCCACAAGAGGCCCUAAACUAUUCACAAUCAGCAACUGUUACGCUAGGUACUAACCCUGGAGCAUAUUCUGAGUCUGGUGGUAUCAAUAAAACGAGUGCAAGUACUCCUUCGCCACUCUUCGAAGCGGUUUGUCAGCCUUUCCACACCGGCGCUAUCAAUGGUAUGGAUUGCUGUGCUCGGAAACCGUUCCUCAUUACUAGUAGCAGUGAUCACAGCGUUCGCUUAUGGAACAUCAACACUAACAAGCUCGAAAUGAUCCAAUACUACUCGCAGGAGCCUGGUGCAGUGGCGAUUCAUCCAAGUGGGCUUAUGGCGGUGGUCUGUUUUCCAGACAAGGUUUGUGUAAUGAGCGUGCUUUGGAAUACGCUCCUCGAGCGAAAGGUGAUCAACUUCCGGUAUGCCACAAAUGUGGUAUUUUCACAUGGUGGUCAAUACUUCGCAGUUGCACACAACAACCUUGUGGAUGUUUUCAUCUCAACUACCUGCGAGCCGUGUGGGCAGUUGCGCGGGCAUUUGCAACGUAUAAAAGAUAUGAAGUGGAGCGCGACAUCAUCUUAUCCCACCGAUAAUCGGCUUAUUACCUGCUCAAUGGAUGGAAUGAUGAUCGACUGGAACACAUUCGAGAUGCGGAAGGAGGUUGAACAUUCAGAUAAGCGCUUUCAGUAUUCUGCUGUGGAUGCGGAUGAUAAAAGUGUAUGGGCCGUUGCUUCCCCGAUGUCGUCUGCCGCAUUGGGGGCCCAAUGGAAGGUGACGCUGCGCGAGAUCGAGCGCUCCUCGAUGGCGAGCCUCCCGUCUGCAUCCCCGAGUGGCACUGGUACCCACACUAGUGCUGCUACGGAAGACUAUGAGUUCAUAGACACGGCUCUCACAGCCCUCCGAGUGGCGCCACAUCGGCGCAUGCUCUUUGGUGGUGGGGAGGACGGAUCCUUGAAGGUCAUGUCCUUUCCGCUGCAGGCCAGUAUCCAGGAAUCCCCCUUAACAGCCCACAGCGCCCGCAUCACGCGAAUGGCGCUAACACUUGACGAAAGCACUCUCUUCACAGCCAGCGAGGACGGUAGUGUAUUUGUAUGGGAUAUUCGUGAGGAGGGCACUGUGGCUGGAAGGGCGGUAACUUUUGAGUCUACCUCUACCAUGGGGGGUAUUGCAGACGAGGUGCUCGUUACUCAGCAGUAUAUGGAAGAUACAAAGUUAGAGAUCGAAAGCCUACAGCAACAGAUUGAAAAGCUGAAAACAGAGCUCAGUAGUGAAGAAAGGCGACAUACCCACGAACAAGGAACCCGCAUCCGCGAGCGUACCGAAGAGUACAAAAAUGAGGCGUCAACCCUGGCCAUGGAGCUUGCGUCACUGUUGAAUAGCAAGCGUGAGCAAGAACGCACGUUUGUAUCCAUCAAGGCAGAAAAGACGGCGGAAGCUGCGCAAAAACUCGAGUCUGUGGUGUAUUCUUGUCAAGAAAAGGUUCAAGAGUUGGAAAAGAUGUGCAGCAAUCUUCAGCACACGUUGGAAGCAGAGCAGGAGGCCCAUGCUAAUGGGAUCAAAGAGCUUGAGGAGUCUGUUGCCCGUGAGCAGCGUGAGGAACAAGAGCGGUAUGAAGAGAUUCUCUCUCAAAAGCGUGAGGCUCUGGAGGCACUGAGAGUUGAUGUCGAGCACAGCUGUCAGAUUAAUGAGGAGGCUUUACGCCAGCUUGAGCUUGAUAUCGACACAGAAACACAGACAGUAAGCGAACGGCAUAACCAGGAGCUCAACACACUGCGCGAGCGCUUUCUUCAUAUGAAAGGUGAAGGGGCUAUUAUGCGCAAGAAUGCAGUGUUCAUUGCAAAGGAAGUGGAAGUUCGCACAGGUGAGGUUGCCCUGCUUGAUGCUGCGAAGGUGAAUUUCACAGCACAGCUUGAAGACUUGCGACAUAGUGUAAAUCAGCUUCAUCAAGACAUUGACGAGCGUGAUGUAGUUAUCGGGGAGAAGGAGAAGCAUAUUUACGCGCUCAAGAGAGAGAAUCAAGAGUUAGAGAAGUACCGAUUUGUUUUAGAUUAUCGUAUUCGACAGCUUAAAGCUCUUAUGGAGCCGAAGCAGCGUGAGAUGCUUCAGUGUAACCAGCGUAUCAAGCUUCGUAAUCGUGAGCUGGAGGAGCUGCAUGAGUGCAAUCGAACACUGCAGGGGAACAUUGAUGAGCUAAGGAGUGACAUCGCGGAGCAGCAGCGGCACAUCAAACACAUGCACAACACUAUUAAGGACUUUGAAACGUAUAAAACGCGUUUCCAGCGUGAUGUCGGCGAUGUCGUGCCGGCCUUGCAGGAUGUAUGCCUUCUACAGCAGACGAUUGAGAAUAUUUACCAGACACACGUGGUGGCCCGUGGUGGCAAGCGAAUCGCUUCCGUGGAUCCAAACAUUCGCAGUGAGUUUCAGAACCAUCUUGAGUACCUCUCGACAUCUGUAAAUGCUUUGCAGCGCAAGUUGAAGCUCGAGGAGGAUCGACACAAAAAGGAAGUGUCUGCUAUGAUGGUAGAGAACAUGUCCCUAAUACGAGAGAUUCACUCACUUCGCGGUGAAAUACAUCAUUUAAGGACUCUAGUGACUGCUGAGACAGCAGCUAAGCGAGCACGCGGUAGCUUCAAGGCAGGUGGGCGUUCUACCAAGAGACGGGACAAUUUAAAGUCCUCGAAAUUUCCCUCUAUUGAGACAAAAACGAGGAAGGAUAGUCCACUUGGUAGGGGUGAUGUGUCACAAACCCCUUCGGUGAAUCCGUUGCGCACUGUCAGCCCGUCUCAGCAGAGUUCCUCGAGUGUAGCGGAGCGGAUGGCUGGCGCUACAUCGAUUUCAAUGGGGGAAGUUUCAGGAGUCUCAGGUGCGGCUGACGCACUGGGGGAAAGCAGUAGUGAGAGGGGUCCUUUGCACUUACGAACACCAGCACCGCCACUGGAGUUAGAACGCACUUGCAUGGAGUUGCGAAUGCUACGGUCAUAUAUUGAAGUCAUGGAGCAAGCUCUAGGCAGUGAAGUUGCAUCUUCAGUUGUGAAAGGCGUGUUAACUUCCACACAGGAAUAG